AUUCCGCGGGAAAAAUGAGGUACCCAGCGUGGCAGUCUUGAGAAGGAGAUGAAAGAGAUUUUGGGCGUGGAGGGUUUGAUUAGCUGUUAGAGAAUGGUGGUGAUGAGCAUGGCUUGCUGGUUUUGAUCAAUACAGAGAAGAGAAGAAGAGGAGAUAGAGAGAAAGAGGAGAGAGGAGAGAGAAGAAAGAAAAAACAGAUAACACAGACAAUCCUCCUCCCGCUCCCCCUUUUGCUUCUGCACCACCACCACCACCACCACUAAUGAAAAAGAAGCCCAUUUCAUAAUUUAAACAAAAUUCAUUCAAUUCCUUGAUAUCUUAUCUCAUUCAUUAUAGAGAGGAAUUUACAAACAGAGAAGGAAACAGCAUUCUGAUUUGCUUUUUCCAUAUGGGUCAAUAACAAUUGAUUUUCUUUAUUUUUUGUUAAAAAAGAAUGAAAAAGAGGAUGGGCGGUGAAGAACAAAAAACUUGUUCUUCAAAAGAUGUGGCUCCUCAACCAAAACUCAGGAGGCUGUAUCAAGUAUGGCACGGGAGCAAUAGAUUUUUAUGUGGUGGGAGAAUGAUUUUUGGUCCUGAUGCGGGAUCCUUGUUUCUAACUAUACUACUGAUUGGGGGUCCGGCAAUAACAUUUUGUAUACAAUGCAUUUCAAAGAUCGAGGAGCAUGAUAGAAUACUUGGUUACCCUGUUUUUAUUGUGGGUGCGACCAUCACUAUUUUGGAUUUGGUGUUUCUCUUCUUGACAUCUGGUAGAGAUCCAGGCAUUGUCCCAAGGAAUUUACAACCACCUGAAUCAGAAGACUCAUUUCAUAUGAAUACCCAAUCAAUGGAGUGGGUCAACGGGAGAUCCCCUCAACUGCGAUUGCCUCGGACAAAAGAUAUCAGGAUAAAUGGUCAUUCGAUAAAAGUGAAAUACUGUGACACUUGUUUACUUUAUCGCCCUCCCCGGGCUUCACAUUGCUCAAUUUGUAACAACUGUGUUCAGAGAUUUGAUCACCAUUGCCCGUGGGUUGGUCAGUGCAUCGGACUACGUAACUACCGAUUCUUCUUCAUGUUUAUAUCAUCUUCAACUUUUCUAUGCAUGUACGUUUUUGUAUUUUCGUGGAUAAACGUUCUUGAACAAAAACGGAAGGACACUUUGUGGAGAGCAAUGUCAAAAGAGGUCUUAUCUGUGGUGCUCAUUGUUUACUGCUUCAUUGCUGUAUGGUUCGUUGGUGGCCUCACAGUUUUUCAUUUCUAUCUCAUCUGCACAAACCAGACAACUUAUGAGAACUUCCGGUACCGAUAUGAUAAAAAGGAGAACCCCUAUAACAAGGGAUUACCUAGGAAUUUCAGAGAACUCUUUCUAUCGAAGAUCCCACCUUCAUUAAACAAUUUUAGAGAGUGGGUUGCGGAAGAAGAUUUUAUAGAAUCGGUAGGAGGAUCGUCAAUACCACAUUUGAAAGCUAUAAUGAGCUCAAAGGAGAAGGGUGGUGAUAUAGAAAUGGGAAGUAAGUUUACAUCAGAUGGUCAAGUUCCUGACAUUUUGCAGAGCCUUGAUUAUACUGGUAUUGAAGAUAAACUGAAGGGUAAAAGUGCUGAUGGUGGUAUUAUGUUCGAUCCAUUUUUCUAUCCAAUGAGCCCAAACCCAAAAGAUACGAAGCAAAAUUUCAAUGCUGGAAAUGAAGCCCAUGCAGGUGAAAGAAACGAUUAAAAUGAUAGUAAUACAGUUCGCGGCUCGAUUCCAAUGCUUCAAUCAUGGAGGUUAUGCCAUCCUUCGGAACGACUCUAUUUUGCUAGAACAGCCCAGCUGAUGUUCAACUAACCAACAGGGAAGAAGGGUUCUAGUUUGGCUUGAGGAAGUCUUAAAAAGAUGCUUCAAAUGUAGAUUUUAACGCUUACCUGUAUUUAUGCUGUUCAUACUAAGGAAAAAGAAAUAGUAAAACAAAACAAAAAAAAGACUCUUCUUUCUCACUUUCAACUUACUUUCUGCUAUAAAAAUUUACUAUUGAGUAUGCUAAAUAAUUUCUGUAGCAAAACAAACUUGUCAUCCUCACAAAAGAAACAGAAAAAAGAAAAUCGUAGGUUUCAUGCCGCUUA